GAAGAGACGACGAGAAGAAGGGCAUUGAUUGGAUUUACACAGCGACCACACACCCGCACGCACGCUCAUACACGUACUCAACACACACUCACACACACACGCGCGCGCGCACGCUUGUGAGCGAGGAGGAAGUGGAGGGCUUUGUCUCUUUGUCAUCACUGCUCUUGUUGCUCUGCCCGUGGAACGCGAACAACAGCACAUCAGGAAGCGUUGACAACAGCAGUAACACCACAUGCACAGCAACAACAACAACAGCGAUAUGGAGGAGGCGGAGCAACCACGGCCCACAGAUGAUCAGCAGCUGUCACAACAGGAACAGCAGCACCAGCAAUUGCAACAAGACAAGGUUGAAGACCAAGCACAGCAGCCGCAGCAACAACAACAACAACAGGAGCAGGAGCAGGAGGAACAGCAGUGGCAGCAGUUUGAAGUCAAAGAUGGCACGUUGUCAUGCGCAUAUGCAGACAUGGAGGAGUUCCCGCGUGUCCUUGGAGAACGAUAUGGUGCGGCAACAACGCGACUGGACCUGACUGGCAACGACUUAUCGUCGCUGGACAACCUGGAGCUGUUCACGUCGCUGAAGGAGCUCAUCUUGGACGGCAACGACCUUCAAGACGGGUUUGAGCUGCCGUUGCUGCCGUCCUUGGAGACACUGAGCCUGAACAAGAACAAGCUGACAGAUGUGUCGCCGCUUCUGGCGCAGAUCAAGGCGAAGACGCCAAACCUCAAGUUCCUGAGCUUGCUCUGGAACAUUGCCUGCCCGAACGAGCUCAUGCAGAAGGAGGAGGAGGACUACAGACAGUACAGGCUGCAAGUCCUGUAUCAGCUGCCCAACCUCAAGUUCCUCGACUCGAGUCCCGUCACAGAGAAGGAGGUGCAGGCGGCGAAACAAGCCGGCGACUUUGCUCUGCGACUGGAUGAAGACGAGCUGGAGCGUCAACACCAGGCGUCCCUCUCUGAACACGACCCAACUUUCUCUCCGUUGCCACACAAGGAGCGCACAGCCGAAGACCACAAAGGGAGCAUCAGCAAGUGUCGCUAUGUGUAUUAUGGGCGCCAUUCUGAAGGCAACCGCUUCAUUCGCGAUCGAGACUUGUAGCUGUCGUCGCCGCCUAGUUGUCUGUCUGUCGAUUGCCACCCUCGCAUACAACAGUGUAUGUGUGUGUGUGUGUGUCUGUGUCCACGUGUAUACAUUUCUGUUGCCUUGCUUGCUUGCUUGUCCUCCUACAUUCAUGCAUCCCCCCUCUCCCUCUCCCUCCCUCUCUGCCCGUCUCUUUGCUGUCACGGAGAUGCUCAGUGUCUGUUUGCUCUGGCUCUCUUGUCUGCACCUCUUUGCUUUGUUUCCCCUCUACCAAAGCCGUGCUCUGCUUGCUUUCGCCCUGCCUCGCUCUUAUGUCGUUCGUGUGAGCGUGUGUGUGUGUGUGAGCGUGUGUGUGUGUGUGUGUGUGUGUGUGUGUGUGUGUGUGUGUGUGUGUG